UAUUCGUCGCUCCCACGGCGAAUAGUUCGGGUGUCCCUCCGAAUGGCAUAAAAAUCCCUCCCCAGAGUAAACCAUUUGUUAUGGAUUUCACGCACAAGCGAAUCCACCAAAUUCUGUCGGCGAUAUUAAAACCGCUCAUCAACUCGGUGAUUGAUGAUAACAAUCGGCUGCCGGGGAACGAAGAGGACAGUGACUAGAUUAAAAAAAUUAAUAUAAAAUGACGCGAGAAAUUUUCAGAGAAGUCGACGACUACUGCCGCAAGGAGAAGUCGUCGCACCUCUGGGAUAAUAAAAAUAAUAACGGGAAGGGAAAUGUUGCGUGGGAUUGUGACGAUGAUGUUGAUUACUAUCCGAACUGUGACCCCUCCGUUUGGAUGAGGUCGUGCGACGAGGAAGUCAUCACCCCGAUGACUGGUGAAGUACGCGGGGUCAUCCCCGAGUGGUUGAGUGGUACGCUUUUACGGAAUGGACCGGGCAGUCUCAAAGUUGGGGAUUACCAGUUCGAUCAUUUGUUCGAUAGUUCGGCGUUGUUGCAUAGGUUUCACAUUUCCGGUGGAAGAGUGACAUAUCAACGGAGAUUCGUCCAAACGGAUGUCUUCAAGAGAAACCAUCAGGCGAGGAGAAUAGUCCUGACUGAAUUUGGAACGAAAUCGGUGCCCGAUCCAUGUCAAACGAUAUUCCAACGAAUAGCGGCUGUUUUCAAUCCUGACUCUGGGUUGUCCGAUAAUUCCAUGAUUUCGGUGUAUCCGUUUGGAGAUCAAUACUACACGUUUGCAGAAGCUCCAUUCAUCCAUCGGAUUGAUGUUGAAACAUUGGAGACUAAGGAUCGAAUCUGCAUUUCGGAUUACGUUGGAGUCGUUAAUCAUACUUCACAUCCCCAUGUGACGGACGAUGGCACAGUGUAUAAUGUUGGAUUGAGCAUAACUGCGAUGGGACCUGCCUACAGUGUUGUAUGUUUUCCAUCAGUUCCUAGUGACACUGGCAGGAAUUCCGGUGGCAAAGCCAUGUUCGAAGGAGCAUCGAUAGUGGCUAGUCUCCCAGCGAGGUGGAAAUUGAAUCCCUCGUACAUGCACACCUUCGGCAUCACCGAGAACUACUUCAUCAUAAUCGAACAGCCCCUGGCAGUGUCGAUGGUGACUAUGAUGGCAUGUAAAAUAAAAAAUGAGCCUCUCAGUUCGGCUCUCAAGUGGCACGACAACGAGAAUACAUUGAUUCACGUGCUGUCUCGUGCAACCGGUGCCCUAGAAAGAACUUUCACCGCAGCAGCUCUAUUCUACCUCCACAUAAUCAAUCAGUACGAAUCAGAAAAAGGAGAUUCAAUCGUCAUCGAUAUAUGCUGUUAUCGCAAUGCUAAAAUGUUGGACUGUAUGUAUGUCGACGCUAUGAGAAACAUGCACAAGAAUCCCGAUUACUCGAAAUUAUUUCGAGCGAGGCCGCUGCGAUUUGUUCUACCGAUGACGGAUAAAUUCGCCGAUGUCAAGCCAAACAGAAGAACAAAUAUUUUCGAGAUGAAAGCCAGUGCUCACAGACGGGGGGACGGAGCUAUCUCGGUGGAGCCUGAAUUGAUCUGCAAUCUGGGGUGCGAAACUCCCCGUCAUAAUCAGAAGUACCUGGGGAGACAGUACCGCUAUUUUUACGCCAUUUCCAGUGACGUUGAUAUACAAAAUCCUGGAACGAUAAUUAAAGUCGAUACACUCAAUAAAUCAUCAUUGACGUGGAGUGAGGAUGGACUUUACCCGAGUGAACCGAUUUUCGUAGCUCAACCAGAAUCACAGAAUGAAGAUGACGGAAUCAUCCUGAGCGCUGCAAUAUACGGAGAAGGAAGAGAAUGCGACGUAUGUCUCCUAAUUCUGGAUGCUAAAUCGAUGAUUGAAAUGGGAAGAGUGACAUUCCACACUCCAGGAGCCGUUCCCAAGUGUCUGCAUGGCUGGUUCACCCUCGAAACCCCUCCAAUAGAUGAAAAUAAUGAUAACAAUAAUGAUAACAAUAUUUAAAUAUACACCGUUAACGGAAAUUCGAGACAGUAUCAUUUUGUACAAUAAAUUAUCUUCGUGUGUUUACAAAUAGUCAUUUCAACGGAUCUAUAAUUAAGCUGAUUUAUGAAAGUCACCACAGAACAAAUGAAAUCAGUGACUCGACCGAUAAGUUGAAUAAACUAAAUAGUGCAGACAAUUUUCAAUAAC